GAAACAAACCUGGCGUGAAGGUGUGCUUGCGUAAGGUUGUCCGGGCACGUGCCUCGCCCUCUCUAACAGUAUGCAUCGGCUGCAAAUUUGAAGCCGUAAUUUGCUCGCAUGAACUGAACUGAGUCUGAAAGAAAACAAUGAGGAUGCUUCGCCACACUGGUAACAUUCUCUUUCUUCAUCAUUUUUCCAUGUAUUCUCUAUUUCAAUUCCGUUUCCGAAAUUACUGUAUCGGUGUAAAUAAAAUCGAUAAUAUUGUUGAUCGUCAAUUAUUCAUCAAUUAUGUUAGAGAACAAUCCAAAUUAGGGUUUUCCGAUCUCAGUCUCCCCCUUUCCAUUUUCCGUCAGAUGACCUCAUUGCACCCCCUCCCUUCAAUCAUUGAUUUCUGCCUACUCUUUACCGCCAUGUCGAAAUUGAAACGCCUUCAACCUUAUUCAACCAUAAUCCCUCUCUCCAGGGAGCUUGAGUUAUUCGGGGUUCGCCCAGAUCAGCAUUCAUUGGGUAUUCUUGCUAAUUGUUAUUGUCAUUUGGGUCGUGUUGAUUUCGGGUUUUCGCUUAUGGGUAAAUGUCUUAAGCUUGGGUUUCCCCCUAAUUGUGUUACAUUUAAUACCUUAAUCAAUGGUUUUAUCCUUUGUGAUAAGCUGCCCCAAGCUAAUGAAUUAUUGAAUAAGAUUAUUAAUCAGGGUUUUCAACCUAGCAUUGUUACCUAUGGUGCUUUGGUUAAAGGACUUUGUAGGAUUGGCCGCAAUGCCGGUGCUAUUAAAUUGCUUGAAAGGAUGCAAUCUGGUCCUUUGAAGCCUUGCUUGUUCAUGUACACCAUGAUUAUCGAGAGUCUUUGUAAGGACGGGUUGUUAAACAAGGCUUUGGACCUAUUCUCUAAUAUGAAAAGUAAGGGUGUUAAACCUGAUGUUGUUAUUUAUGCCUCGUUGAUUCGAGGUCUCUACAAGUGUGGGUCUCAGAAAGAGGCUAAGCGUUUGUUGUGUGAGAUAUUAGAGAGCAACAUUGCACCCAAUGUUCAGACCUUUACCACGCUGGUUGACAUGUUUUGUAAAGAUGGAAGUGUUGAUGAAGCACACGCCAUUGUAGAGUACAUGACUGAGUGGGGUAAGACUGCAGAUAUCGUCACUUACGGUGCAUUACUUCAAGGAUACUGUUUGCGUGGUCGGAUGAAAGAUGCCGAGAAGCUACUUGAUCUCAUUGCCCAAACUGGUUGUGAGGCUGAUCUUAUAAUUUUGAACACUAUGAUUAAAGGAUAUUGCAAGACUAGAAACAUUGAUAAGGCCUUCGACUUAUUCCAAGAGAUGUUUCAGAAAGGGAUGACACCUGAUGUUGUUGCCUAUACCACUCUUAUUGAUGGCUUUUGUAAAGCGAGGAAACUCCUGCCUGCACGUAAAUUGUUCAAGGAAAUGCAAUCGCAUGGUAUUUCUCCUAAUGUUGUCACCUAUGCUUCAUUGCUUAACGGCCUGUGCAAAAAUGCUCUGCCUGAUGAGGCAAUGGCUUUACUUGAAGGUAUGGAGGGUAAUGGUGUUAAGCCUGAUAUUAUCAUUUACAAUAACCUAAUUGAUAGCCUGUGUGAGGCUGGAAGGUUUAAUGAUGUAUCGAAUUUGUUAUCUGAUCUUUCGUUCAAGGGUUUGCAGCCUGAUAUUAAAACAUUCAAUAUAAUGAUCAAAGUCUUCUGCAAGAAAAGGCUCAUGAGUGAAGCAACUGAAUUACUGACUGGAAUGGAGGAAAAGGGAUGCUUUCCAAAUAGUCUAACCUAUAAUACAAUUAUUAGAGGAUUUAUUACCUCCAAUGACUUAUCAAGUGCAUUAUACUAUCAAGAUGUUAUGGUUAACAAGGGCUUUGAAGCUGAUGUUAAUACAUUAUCUCUGUUCACUGGCUGCAAAAGUUCAGAAUUGGCAUGAAUUUAUGAUGAUUACAAUUAUUGGGAGUUUUGAAUUUGGUGCUCAGAUACCCUAUACUGUAGGAUUGUGCCUCAGUUUGAAGCCUUCAGUCAAAUGACUUUGCUGGCGAUCAACCUUUUACACAUGUUGAUGGCAUAGCACUUGGAUCAAAGAAGGCUGAUGCAGAAUUGCAGACAGUGAGGAAAUUUUCAAUAGGAAACAUUGAUUGAAUUGUUUAUCAAGAAAUUUCGAGAAGCUCUCUGCAGUAAUGAAGGCUGAUGCACACAACUUGAGCUUCUUAUAUGGUACAUUACAUAUAGGAUUCUUCGAUUAUCCAAGGAAUAUUAGGAGUGAAAGGCUCAUCCUUAAUACAUCCCUUUUCCAGAAGUUGGCUAGGUAAUCUGCUGCAACAAGCGGGAAUUUUCUGAUGGGAAUCGUGAGAGGCAACUUUACUUGCACAAGCACAUCUCCCUACCUGGAAUUCAUUGCAAUUCAAAAGCACGAGAUCAUUAUGAAUAUUUCUUUGUUUUGUUUUUGGCAAGAGAUAUUUCUUUGUUUUUUUUUGGCAAGAGAUAUUUCUUUGUUUUUUUUUGGCAAGAGAUAUUUCUUUGUUGAAGAGUUAAUACGAAGUAUUGGAUUUCUAUCA